AACCAAAUAAAAAAAAUGUUUUCGUGUUGUCGCGCAAAUCCUAAAAAUUCCAAAAAAUCGAAAAAACUAAACGAAGAUAACGCGAAAGAACAAGAAAUAAGUCAGCUAAAUGAUGCAUCGACAAAAAGUGAUAAUAAAAAGCUUAUAAUACCAACGAUUACCAUAGAAAAUGGUAAAACCACGACAGAUAAUGUUUCAAAUAACGAACAACAACAAAACGGUAUUGACACAGUAGUAGAAUGUGUCAAUAAAGAAAUAGAUAAAUUAAGUGAAAAUGAAAAUGUAACGACAGCUAUUGCAACGGAAGCAAUUGAAAAAUCCCUAAAGGAAACGGAAACCGUUAAUGCACAAACAACAACAACAACGACUACGACAGCGAUUGAAAAAGAGGAAGCAGCAUCUGUGGCCGUUAUUACUAGGACAGCGGAAACAACUGAUUGUGAUCCUGAUUUGAAAUCUUCCGUUGCGGAUAAUCUUGAACAUUUGGUUAAUCGCCUUGAGAAACUUGUAGAACGUUUGGAACGCUCUAUUAGUGCUCGUGAAUUGGAAAUAGCCAAUCGUACAUUCGAUAGUGUAUUGGAGAAGAAGCGUGCUAGUUUCGAUUUAGAGACAACUGAGCUGCCGCCAGUGCCCGUUGAAAAUUUGUCGGUAUCCGAGCAAACGGUAAAGCUUAAUCAGCGUAUUGAACGUAUUGAAGAGUCACUGGGCAAGAUCAACGAACGUCAUAGUCUGAGCAGUCGCAGUGAUAGCUUAGUACAUAAUCAACACAAUCAGCUGCCAAGAGACAAUAGUCUGGAAGAUAUUCCUACUGUAUUAGACGAUUUUUCAUCUUUACCGCCACCACCUCCACCACUAGAACUCAAUAUGAGCGUUUUGGGUUUUCAAGAUAUUAUGGCCGGUCCUUUGAGCCAAUAUUUAGCCUUGUCGGCUAAAAUUGGCGGUGAUGUGGCCAAACAUGCCGAUUUUGUUAAAAAGGCUUUUGAUGCCCAACUUCAGUAUGUGACUUUGGCCACCCAAUGUUCUCAACCCAAUCAAAGCAAGCAAAUGGAAUUGUUGAAACCCACAUCGGAUCAAAUUACAGCCAUACAAGACUUCCGUGAAAAGAAUCGUGCUUCUCAAUUUUUCAAUCAUUUGUCAGCAAUUAGUGAAAGUAUCCCUGCUUUGGGUUGGGUGUGUGUGUCCCCUACACCUGGACCCCAUGUUAAGGAAAUGAAUGACGCCGGUCAGUUCUAUACCAACCGUGUAUUGAAGGAAUGGAAGGAAAAAGACACCAAACAUGUGGAAUGGGCCCGUGCCUGGGUACAGACUUUGACCGAAUUGCAACAAUACAUCAAACAAUAUCAUACCACUGGUUUAGUAUGGUCUGGUAAGGGAGCUGCACCAGCAAGUGGUGCUGCCCCACCACCACCACCCAUGGGUGGUUGUCCUCCUCCACCCCCACCACCAACAUUCGAUAUGUCCAACAUGAAUUUGGGUGAGGGACCCGAUGAACGUAGUGCUUUGUUUGCGGAAAUCAAUCAAGGCGAAAAUAUAACUAAAAACUUGAAAAAAGUUACCGCUGAUAUGCAAACCCAUAAAAAUCCAACUUUACGCACCGGCCCCGCACCCUUCAAGACACCCACACAAUUCGGUUCGACCAGCCAAUCAGCAGGUCCCGUUGUUAAGGAUCCAGUCUUUGCCCGCGAUGGCAAGAAAUGGCUUAUUGAAUACCAGAAAAACAACAACAGUUUGUUGGUUGAUAAUGCUGAAAUGAACAAUGUUGUCUACAUGUUCAGGUGUGAAGGUUCCGUUUUGACCGUAAAGGGCAAGGUUAACAACGUUGUGUUGGACUCCUGCAAGAAGUGCUCUUUGGUGUUUGACUCCGUGGUGGCCUCAAUUGAAUUUGUCAAUUGUCAAUCGGUCCAGAUGCAAGUAUUGGGUUUCGUGCCCACCAUUAUUAUUGACAAAACCGAUGGUUGCCAAAUGUAUUUGUCCAAGGAGUCGUUGGGCGUUGAAGUUGUUAGCUCUAAAUCAUCGGAAAUGAAUGUUAUGUUGCCUGAAGACAGUGGAGAUUACACUGAGUUGCCUGUGCCCGAACAAUAUAAGACCACUAUUGCCGGCAAGACUUUAAAAACUGUCUGUGUUGACAGUCUUGGAUAAGCUGUUUUAGUCGGCGGCAUCCGCCUGCUUCAAACCAGCAUAUCUUUUUAACUUAAAACAAACAAAAAAAAAAACAUCAUUAACUGCAACCCCCAAAUUAUGAAUGCCAAUCAAUCAAAACAAAAACAUUUGCUAUUUCUAACUAUAAUCAUCAUUAACAACUUAACAACAACAUAAAACAAUUGAGAAAUUAAACCUUUUGAUAAAAAAAAUCUUUUAAAAAUGUGUACCCUAUAAUAAUAUAAAGUAAAUUUGUUCUAUAAAAUAAAUUACAAAAAAAAAACAUUUGAAUUAACAAUUGUUUAAUAUUUAUUUGUAUAAUUAUAAUGUUUUGAUUAACUGUUCAUUUAUUUUCUUUUAUUUAUUAUACCUUUUAUUUUUGUAUUACACUUUCAACACUUUAUUUGUAUUAUUAAAUUUUACUUUUUUGUAACUGCUUAUUUUUAUAAGUUUACUAAAAUAAACAAACAAAUUCAAAAACAAA